AUGCGUCAAGAGGGCGAGUCCUUAAAAGCUAUCAAUUUCCGCAAAGCCCUUUUAGAACUCCGAGAAGAUAACCUUUCGGAAGCAAGCGCCAAACCACGCGAAGAACUGCCACAAAGCAUUAUGAUAGAGAUCGAGGAUUAUACUAGUCCUACCUUCGAAGAAACUAGAUACAAUCAACUAUUCAUCGCCUUUCUUAUUGCUAUCAUGAAUACGAAGCAAGAGAAAGAGAGUACUACCAACUAUAUUGAAAAAAGGGAGCUUGAAGAAAGGGAGCUUAAAGAAAGAGAGAUUGAAGAGAAGGAGAUUGAGGAAGGGGGCAUUAAGGAGGAGGGGGAAAUUGAGGAGGAGGGCGACAUUGAGGAGGAGGGCGACAUUAAGGAGGAGGGGGAUAUUGAGGAGGAGGCUACUACACCACCACUAAAAACUCUUUUAUUAAAGGACCUUUACUACGCAACCCUACAACGCGCUCUUAUAACACCAUCAUCCAGCUUGCUACGCCAUCGAUAUAAGUCACCCGAUCUCUUCAGUAGUAACGACGAGAUAACCCGCAUUAUAAGUGAAAUCAACCUUGAAAGACUCAUCGAUACCCAAAGCAGCUAA